ACACGAACAGCUUUCUGCCUCAUAAAGGCGCAUGCGCGCUAGGGCUGACCCCUCCGGUUCUGCGUGCACUGCCACGUUAGUAGCGGUAGACACAAAAUACCAGCUACUCUCCCAGCCUUUAACAAGAAGGGCAACAAAAGAACCACAAACCGAGACGGUUUUCUUAGUAAAUUCGCUACAGGUCGUCUCUGCAACUAUUCGUUUCCCCUGUCAGGAAAGAAACCGGCUCGACUGUAACUAUGCUGAAGUUUUUGAUGCUUUGCACCCUGGCCGUGGCCAGCAGGGCUGAGAUCGCGGAGGAAGAAGAUGUCUUGGUGCUGAAGAAAAGUAAUUUCGACGAAGCUCUGCAAGCUCACCCCAACAUUCUGGUCGAGUUCUAUGCACCAUGGUGCGGCCACUGCAAGGCCCUGGCUCCAGAGUACGCCAAAGCUGCCGGCCUGCUGAAGGCCGAGGGCUCAGAAAUCCGCCUGGGUAAGGUAGACGCCACAGAGGAGACCGAGCUGGCCCAAGAGUUCGGCGUCCGAGGAUAUCCCACCAUCAAGUUCUUCAAAGGAGGAGAUAAAGAAUCUCCUAAAGAGUACUCAGCUGGCAGGCAGGCUGAUGACAUCGUCAGCUGGUUGAAGAAGCGCACAGGACCUGCUGUCACCCCCCUGGCCGAGGUCACUGAUGCAGAGUCUCUGAUCGCUGACAAUGAGGUGGCAAUCAUCGGCUUUUUCAAGGAUGCUAACUCGGAUGAUGCCAAAGCCUAUGAAAAAGCAGCUGAGGCCAUGGAUGACGUUCCCUUCGCCAUUACUUCCAGCGAUGCUGUUUACUCCAAGUUUGAGGUCUCCAAAGACAGCGUUGUCCUCUUCAAGAAGUUCGAUGAAGGGCGAAACACCUUUGAUGGAGAGCUGACCAAAGACAACCUCCUCGCUUUUGUCAAAGCCAACCAGCUGCCUCUGGUCAUCGAGUUCACCGAGCAGACCGCUCCUAAAAUCUUCGGUGGAGAAAUCAAGUCCCACAUCCUCAUGUUUUUGCCCAAAGCUGCUUCAGACUUCCAGGAGAAGAUGGACCAGUUUAAGAAAGCUGCAGCAGGAUUCAAGGGUCAGAUUCUGUUCAUUUUCAUCGACAGCGACGUUGACGACAACCAGCGCAUCCUGGAGUUCUUCGGCUUGAAGAAGGAAGAGUGCCCCGCCAUCCGCCUCAUCACCCUGGAGGACGAAAUGACCAAAUACAAACCAGAGAGCAAAGACAUCACCGCAGAGAGCAUCACGGCGUUCUGCACCCAGUUUGUUGAAGGCAAACUUAAGCCUCACCUCAUGAGCCAGGACAUCCCUGAAGACUGGGACAAAAACCCCGUCAGGGUUUUGGUCGGCAAGAACUUUGAGGAGGUUGCUUUUGACCCCAAAAAGAACGUCUUCAUUGAAUUUUAUGCGCCCUGGUGUGGACACUGCAAACAGCUGGCUCCCAUUUGGGACAAACUGGGAGAGAAAUACAAGGACAGUUCUGACAUCAUUGUGGCUAAGAUGGACUCCACAGCCAAUGAGAUCGAAGCUGUCAAAGUCCACAGCUUCCCCACUCUGAAGUUCUUCCCUGCAGGAGAAGACCGCCAGGUGAUCGACUACAAUGGAGAGCGAACGCUGGAGGGCUUUACAAAGUUCCUGGAGAGUGGAGGGAAAGAAGGCGGAGCUCCUGCUGGAGACGAUGACGAUGAUGGGGAAUCACAGGAUUUGGACGAUGCGGACGACCUUUCUGACCUGGAGGAUGGAGGCGACGACGGACACGACGAGUUGUAAACAUCGGAGGAGAUGAAAGGAGAGAGCGAGAGGAGACGAGUCCCACCCCGACCCUUUCAACCAGUCACCAUCACCACUUUCACUUCUUUGUGGACUCUCCCAGUUCUGUGAACAUUAAUUCCCCGGGUUUUUCAUUUUUUUUUUUAUCUGGUCAGCUCAGCUCUGGGCUGAUGGGACAGUCUUUCUUUUCUCAGAUCUUCAACCUAGCAACUUCUGACCACAAUGGUCUCGUCCUUGCAGGUGGGGGGGACUCUUUGGACCAGCGCUCCACCUCUGUGGGAGACCUCAAUGCCUUGUCUACAGAGCUCCAUAUCAGCAGUUUGCCUUGUAUAUUUCUAAACUAAACGUCAAAAAAAGGCAUUGAGAUCUAGUUUUGGAAAUGUUUGCUCCCCCCCUCUUGAAAUGGCUCACUGUGGGUUUAAGUUCGUCGAUGAGGUGGGGGCUGCCCGUCGUCCUCCUCCUGACAGAAUUUCAGACGCCCGGAGGUUGUGAAGGGGUUGUGAGGACCGAUCUCUCAGGGGAAAAGGGGCCAUUUAUGUAAAUGUCUUUAGUAGAAGCCACAGUUUGUCCAGUGUAGCACAAAGAGCCCCCGCCCUCGUUUGUAGCCGUGACCAAUAGUUUUCAUUUCAAUAGUUUUGUUCACCUCCGUCAUUUCAGCAUUUCUACUGGAUCAUUUUUUUUUUGUCAAACUAAUAACAUUUGGGGAAACUAUUAUUUAAUGUCACAGUAUUUUUGUUUGUUUUUGUCGAGACUGUCAUUUGUACCGCACCAUUGUGCCCGCUCGUUUUCGGUUGGGGCGGAGUUGGCCCGAGGACGCCUCCCCUCAGACCCGGGGCCGUCGCUGAAGCGGUCCUGAUGGCUCGCACUGCAUUUAUGCCUAAUCAGAGAUUCACCGGCGUUUCUGAAGCGGACAGAUUGGAGUUUACUGGCCAGUUGGGUCUGAGGGAGGAUCCUGUUUUAUUUCUGAGGUGGGGAGUAACGGUCGCACGCCCCGCCCCUCGUCCAUACUGUUAACUUCCUACAUCCCUUUAGCGCUUGUGUGUGCGUGUUUGUGUGUGUGCGUGCUGUGACGAAUGUGUGGUUGGAGUGAAUGCACUGUGUGAUUGGCAGGAGGAUGGGGGGGAUCUGUAAGUAGAGCAGGUUAAUGGAUGUUAGUGGAGCGGGGGGGGACUAACAAAGCAUUCCAUCAUAUCCAAAUUACUGUGGAAACGUGAAAUGGUGGCCAAUAAACAAUAAUACAUAAA